GAUCGAGACGCCGCCAGGACGGUCCGCAGAUCGUAGUCGUUCGCCGUCCAGUACGUGACCAGUCACGGUAUACGUCCUGCUACACUUGUCGGGAAUUAACCGGUUUCGGGAUUUCCGUUUGAAAAAACAGGAUAAUUCGGAUAAUCCAUGGCCACGUACUUACCACGAACCGCAAUCGUGGCGGCGGUCUGUCUGCUCCAGACCGCGGUUAUCGCCGAGAUCCUUAGACCCGUCUGGCAACAGUAUUAUCCAGGACACCAUGCAUACGGCAUACGGUAUUUCGAAAAGUUAGCAUCCAUACGGGAAAACUUUGAAAAGGGUGUGCCGCACAACAAAUGGGGUUUUUACAAUCGUAUGGACGUUACUUCGAACAGCAACAAAAAGCGAAGACUGCGCAUGGGAAGCGGAUGGUACAAGCUCGUACCUCCCACGGGAGCUGAGAUCAACUGUGAGUUCCCGUCUACCGUGCCAGUGAUAUCCAACAUUGUCUGGGAACGUGUGGACCCGGGUAAAGUCGACAAGGAGUUCGCACUCAGGCGGCUGGGAGAAAUGCAAACAUAUGAUAUGCACCUGAGGCCCAGGGGGAGUACGCUGCAUUUCCACGACGUGACACCGUUAGACAAAGGUCUGUACAGAUGUAUGGCGUCGUCUGUGGAUAAGCUGACGGGCGAAUCGCAAACAAUAUUUCAAGACACAGAGUUCUACCCGAACAUAUAAUAAUAGUAAUAAUAUUUUGCAACUGCUGUUGUUGUUAUAAGAUUAUGACGGCUGCGCCGCAACUGGCAUAAUGGGACCUAGUCGUCGUGUGUCAUAGUGCUCUACUGCAUCAGGUGUGCAUUAUUAUAUUACACGAGCGCGAACCAAUGGAAUACAGAUUAAAUUUUCUGCUGCGGGUGUCUUAGACGGUUUAUAUUCAAAUAAAUCGUUUUCGGGUCCACGGUAAAAAAAAAAAAAAAUUCUAUUCCACCGCACUACUCGUAGUUAAUUAAUAGCCCAUCGCUUGGUCAAACACUAUUAUAUUAGACUUUUUUUUGUAAUAACCCCCCUCCCCAUUCUUCUUAAAGACGAUAUUAUUAUAUAGACGAUGUUGUUUAGUUUUUUAUCGUGACAGCUACACAACAGCUGUACAACUAUCGUUUGUGUCAAACAUGUAAACGACUAAAAAAACCAUAGCACUUCUAAUUGUUAUAAUUUAUCACUGUUUAUUAGGUAUUAUAUUAUAGUAUAAAAUUAAUGCCGAGUUAUGUGUGUAUAAAAAAAGAGUUUAUAAUAUUUUGUUGUAUAUUUAAGAUUUAUUAUUAAAGAUUAUUGAAGAGAAAAUAAUGUAAUAUUGAAACUAUUUUAUAAGCAACGCUAGCUUACACUUAUUUGGUU